AUGCUACGAAAUGACUCCAAGAUUUUCCCCAGAUCAAUGCCGAUUCGGGACCAAGGCCGUGGAUUCCUAAUGGGCUCCUGUGUCUACAAUUCCUGGGGAGCUCUUCGACUCUCUCCUCCUAUGCCAAAAGCUGUGGAUAUCAUUAGAGCGACCCGUCGAACAAAGGCCCGAACGAAUCGCGAGCCCUCUAUCUACCAGCCCAUUGUGCUAUUGUGCGUUGACAAUGAGUUUGUUCCCGACGGUUCUUUGUUAACGUGGUACCACAUUUCCUUAUUAAAUCAGUCUGAGUCCCUACUCUUCUGCAUCAAUCACGAACCACAACAGCUCUUGACAUUGACUGAUCUGCAGGCCAGAUUUAUACUAUCGUCACAAAGCUGCCCAUUCUUGGUCCAUUCCACUCCAAAGCUCACUAAUCUGCAGGCCAGAUUCAAGCGAUCAUCGCAAGACUUCCCAGUGUGUGUCCAAUCCCCCCCAAAACUCACCACCAACCAUCGCGAGUCCGAAUUUCUGGGCCGCCAACUACGCAGAGACCAGAUCGAAGCGAUGAUGAACGCAGAGAGCAUCGCCGAAGAGAGACGUCUCAUGUUCCAAUACAUUCGCGAUUGGAGCCCCAACGUCCCGAAGUGGCAGGGCGAAGAGCCAUUGCCACUUGGAUCCGACCCGAACGAGAAAGCCGUUCGGGCGCUCGCUCGUCAACGACAAGAGUAUGCCGAUCAAGAUUACGACGUUCGCAUGACACCAGGCGAGAUCAUCGAGAUGCACGAGCCUACGCCUGCCGAGCCAGACCUUGGGGAAGACGUCUGGCGCCCGGGAGAGAGGAAUCCAGGUUCUAUCGACGACGAGAGUGACGGGGAAGAGGAUCAUGGGGGGCGUUUCUAUCAUCGCGACGACGAAGAGUUCAACCGAGAGCUUUUCUUCCAUCCCGAAGACCUUAUCGGUUCCAACUUUGACUCUGACUCUACAUCCAGCUCCGACUCCAACUCUACAAUCAGCCCCGACCCCGACUCUCUAACCAACGACGCCGAUGAAGCCUGGCUCGACCAGCAAUGGGACCACAUCCAGCGCUUUGAAGCGGCCGUCGAAACCUGGAAAUCCCAUCGCACCGCAGCCCUCACCUCAUUCCGGACCGCCUAUCGCGAAUGGAGCCACACCGCCUCCUCCGCGGCAUCGCAAGCCUUCACCUCGCACUACAGAAACGCAACAAAGGUGACAUCCAGCAACGCCUGCAGAACAUCCAUACUAACAUGGUUUCCAGACCUCCCUUCCGACGUCAAGAGCGCGCUCGCCAGAAUUGCAAGAUGCGAAAACAAACUCGAGGCAUUGGCCUUCGACAUCGAAUCUUUGCGCUACGAGGCGGCGAUGGACCACGAGUCCGCCGAGGCGAGAUGGAUGCAGUUUCGAAAAUCCGAGACGUAUCGUCUGGGCGAACAGUUGACGGAAGGGAAAGGGAGAUUCGGAUAUGAGUCGAAAGCGGCGUUCAGUUCGGGCUGCGCCUGCCUCGACUGCAUUCCGCUCUCGGCACGUUUCGAAGGCAAGGCGGAGGAUCUCGUCGGGAUUGAAGCCGGGCUGGCGAUUCGGGAGGUUCGUCUUCAGAUGGCCGAGAGGGAAUGUCGAGCGGAGACUGCGACUUGGGAUGGGAUUGACUCGGAGCGGUUCGCUAUCGUGCUUGCAGGUCUCUGGGCGCAGAAUGCUGGGACUGCUUUGGAUGCUGAGAUCAGACGGGUCAGCUCACAGCCUGAAGGGGAGUUCCUACGGGAGCUUGUCGGCGGGAUGAGGGAGUUGGCGCAGAAGCUUGUGGGGUUUCAACGGCGUUCAAGGCUUAGAGCUUUGCGCAAUGAAUGGGUCAACCCCUUCUUGAGCUUCUUGAUUCCGCGAGUAGUGACAAGGCCAAGCGAAACUUCGGAAGCAGCAACGUCUCCACAGUUCCCUACAGCUCUAGAAAAGCCGAAUUCAUAG